GACUACCCGCCCGCACGCAGGUGAGCGAGUCGGGGCGGGGCGCCGCGCAGCCGGUUCCAGGCUCGGGCGCCCACGGUCGCCGCUCCGAACCGCCGGCCACAGUCGCUUUCCCCGCCAAGGCCGAGGAUCCGCGGAGCCAUGGGCGGCCUGAACUGCGGGGUGACACUCGCACUGCUGGGGGUCCUGUUGCGGGGCGCUGCGCUCCUGCCACGCCGAGCGGAAGCUGCUGAGAUUGCUCUGCCUCCUGGAAGUGACAUUACAAUCUCCAUAAAGCCUGGGACCUCGACGCUGGCAAGGCCCUGUUACAUCCUCACUUCUAAAACACCUACAAUCAUGUUGUCCAUUAAAUCUGGAGAAAAAAAGACCUUUUCCUUUAUGUGCCAGAAUCCAGAGAAUUACUUUGUCAUUGAGAUCCACAAGAAUAUUGACUGUAUGUCAGGCCGAUGUCCUUUUGGGGAGGUCCAGCUGCAGCCCCCGACGUCGGCACUGCCCACCCUCAACAGAACUUUCAUCUGGGACGUCCAAGCUCACAAGAGCAUCGGUCUGGAGCUGCAGUUUUCCAUGCCUCGCCUGAGGCAGAUCGGGCCCGGGGAGAGCUGCCCGGACGGAGUCACUCACUCCAUCAGCGGCCGCAUCGAUGCCGCCAUGGUCAAGAUCGGAACCUUCUGCAGCAAUGGCACCGUGUCCCGGAUCAAGAUGCAGGAGCGCGUGAAAAUGGCCUUGCACCUGCCGUGGUUCCACAACAGGAACGUCUCCGGCUUCAGCAUCGCAAACCGGUCAUCCAUAAAACGACUGUGCAUCAUUGAAUCUGUGUUUGAGGGUGAAGGCUCAGCAACCCUGAUGUCUGCCAACUACCCGGAUGGCUUCCCUGAGGACGAGCUCAUGACAUGGCAGUUUGUCAUUCCCCCACACCUGCGGGCAAGCGUCUCCUUCCUCCACUUCAACGUCUCCAACUGCGAGAAGAAGGAGGAGCGGGUAGAGUACUACAUCCCGGGCUCCACCACCAACCCCGAGGUGUUCAAGCUGGCAGACAAGCAGCCCGGGAACAUGGCCGGGAACUUCAACCUCUCCCUGCAGGGCUGUGACCAAGAUGCCCAAAAUCCAGGGAUCCUCCGGCUGAAGUUUCAAGUUUUGGUUCAACAUCCACAAAAUGAAAGCUAUAUAACCUACACGGUUGACUUGAGUAAUGAGCGAGCCACGACGCUCACCAUCGAGCCGAGGCCCGUCAAGCUGAGCCGGAAGUUUGUCCCCGGCUGUUUUGUGUGUCUGGAGUCGCGGGCCUGCAGCACCAACCUCACCCUGACACCUGGCUCCAAACACAAGAUCUCCUUCCUUUGUGAUGACCUGACACGCCUGUGGAUGAACGCCAAGCAAACCAUAAGCUGCAUGGACCACCGCUCCUGCCACAGGAAGUCCUACUUUCUCCAGGUGCCCAGGGACAUCCUUCAACUGCCUGUGCAGCUGCACGACUUCUCCUGGAAGCUCCUGGUGCCCAAGGACAAGCUCAGCCUGGCCCUGGUGCCGGCCGAGAAGCUGCAGCAGGACACACGGGAGCGGAUCUGCAACACCAGUUUCAGCUACCUCAUGGCCAGCUCCAGCUCCAGCCCCGGCCAGGACCUUUACUUCGGAUACUUCUGCUCGGGAGGCUCCAUCGAGCAGAUCCGGGUGAAGCAGAACAUGUCGGUGACCCUGCGCACCUUUGCCCCCAGCUUCCAACAAGAGGUCUCCAAGCAGGGCCUGACGGUGUCCUUCAUACCGCACUUCAAAGAGGAAGGUGUUUUCACGGUGACCCCAGACACGAAAAGCAAGGUCUACCUGAGAACCCCUAACUGGGAACGGGGCCUGCCCUCCCUCAACUCAGUGUCUUGGAACAUCAGCGUGCCCAAUGACCAGGUGGCCUGCCUGACCUUCGUAAAGGAGCAGACCGGCCUGGUCUGCCAGACGGGGCGCGCGUUCAUGAUCAUCCAGGACCAGAGGACCCAAGCUGAAGAGGUCUUCAUCCUGGAGGAGAAGCUCCCCAAGCCUACCUUCCACCAUCACAACUUCUGGGUCAACGUCUCCAACUGCAGCCCUGUGAAUGGCAAGCAGCUGAAUCUGCUCUUCCAGGUGUCACUUACCCCAAGGACUAUUGACCUGCCUGUUCUCCUCACUGCAGUGGUGGGAGGUGGCGCCUUUCUGCUGUUUGCCCUCGGACUCAUCAUUUUCUUUGUGAAAAAGAAUAGGAAAAAGAAGAAAAACAAGGGCCUGGCUGUAGGUAUCUACAAUGGCAAUGUCAACACCCAGCUGCCGAUGCAGCCAAAAAAGCUUCAGAAAGUACGAAAGGACAGUGAAUCCCACGUGUAUGCAGACAUCGAUGACACCAUCGUAUAUGGGCAUCUGCUACUGGAUUCCAACGGGUCCUUCGUCCAGCCAGAGGUGGACACCUACCGGCCCUUCCAGGGCCCCAGAGAGGACUGCCCUCCCUCCCCACCCCCCACAUGCUCCAGGGCCCGGACUGCAAAGCUGACCACAGAGGAGCCACCCCCUGGCUCCAGUGCUGAGUCUGAGAGCGAACCGUACACCUUCUCCCACCCCAACCAGGGGAACGAAAGCAACAGAGACACAGACAUUCCCUUGCUGGAUGCCCACGAGCCAGCAGAGUCUGUGGAAUAACUUGGACCCAUCCCGAAGACUGUUCAUAAAGCAGGGCACUGAGACGUGCUGGAGGGCGCCCACCAGAAAUCCUAAAGAGUUAUAUGGAAGGAACAGCAGGAGGUUUCCCUGGAUAACACCAACUUCUGAUUUCCAAGUGAACUCAUUCCAGUGGUGAGAUGUUGAAAAUGAUGAAUUCUGAUCCAGAUAUAACUGUGCUUCCCCAAAAAUAAGACCUACCCCGAAAAUAAGCCCAGUUAAGAUCUCAGCAAGACGGACACAUUUAGUACGUUAUGACAAUGUUCCAGAAGAAGAUGACAUGACUGUAUUUGAAUAAAUGUAGAUAGUCGUACAUGAGAAAAAUAAGACAUCCCCUGAAAAUAAGCCCUAAUGGAGCAAAAAUCAAUAUAAGGCUCGGUCUUAUUUUCGGGGAAACACAGAAUCAUCAUAUCUCAUGUCCCUCUAAACUCAGGUUGAGCUGUAAACCAGCCCAUAAUGAGAGAGGAGAGGUGCGAGUGACCAGGUACAGGGCUGCUACGAGCCCUGGAUUUGGAUUUGGAUCUCUUUGGGUCAACUGCUCCAACCCCUAGGAACCCACCCGAGGUCCCUGGUCUCUCAUUGGGUCCCCUGGGCAAAAACGACAAUGUGCCUUUUUAGUAUUAUUUAUUUAGUGGUCCUGUGUGUUUAAGAAGUCAGAUGUGUAACCACACAGCUAUUUUCACCUGACAUAGUGACAAUUCACGCUAACUGGACGGAUGGCUGGGUUUUGACUUCUACUGGCCACUAGAUGAACAUGUGUUUGUCCCCUGGGAAGUGGGAAGGAUUUGCAUUCUGUCUAGCCAGAAAGGGUGGGUGUGUCUGAGGGCAGUGAUACGUAUCUUCUGUGAGGAAAGACUUCUUGGUUCUUUCAUUCUGCAUGUGGUUAUCCCGCUGCGGAAAUUCAUCUCGAAUCCCGUUAUCCGUUAGCCUAGAAAUAAGAGAAAUUCCUUGGAAUUGCCACCUGUGGCUCUCCCAGCUUCAGCAAUUUUCUGCAUUUAAACAGAAAUUUAGGGAGUAUUUUCAUCCUCUAAAAAUGUUUACAAAUACAGCAGAAAGUGGCCCCCUAUCUUAGUUUCCUGUUGCUGCUGUAACAAAUUACCACAAAUGUGGUGGCUUAAAACACCACAAAUUUCUUACAUAUGGUUCUGGAGAUCAGAAGUGCAAAAUGGGUUUCACUGAGCUAGAAUCAAGGGGACGGCAGAGCUACGCUCCUUCGAGAGGCUCUCGGAGGAAGUCCGGUUCCGUGCCUUUCCCAGCUUUCAGAGGCUGUCCGCACUCCUUGCCUCCGAUGGCUGAUGGCCAGUACACCCCAGCACUGUGACACUCCCCCUCCUGCUUCCGUCUUUCACCUGUAAAACCCACCUGGAUAAUCCCUGAUUCUUUCCCCAUCUCAAAAUCUCUAAUUUAAUUACCCUGCAAAAGUCCCUUUUGCCAUGGAAGGUGACAUAUCCACGAGUUCUGGGGAUUAGGACGCGGACAUCUUUGGAGGCUAUUAUUCUGUUUACCACACUUCCCUGCUGCUGCAGGAGACGCAACACACUGAUCCAGCCACAGGUGUGUUUUGUUUAGCCGGCAGAAUCUUUUUUAAGAAUUAGUUACUAACAGUUAAAAUUGUAAAAUGUUUACAUAAAACCCCAGAUCAGAAGAUCCGGCUGUGCUGGGGCUCACGUUGUCACCUCAGAACACCUGGCUGCCUGCCAUUGAGAAGCAGCUCAGCUGUAGGCGGGGCACCUGGUUCUCCAGUUCCCUGAAGUCCCCACCACGCCCUGUCGCCUCCCACACUGAGGCUCCGUGUCCGGGGCCAGUGAUCAGUGUCCCUGCAGGGUUGCUUUCCUCACCCUGAAAUGGAAAGUCUGGGACCCACGUCUUGCAUCCAAUGAGCAGACAGGCCUCCAGGCUGGUGGGUGUUUCAGGCAAGUUUGUUUUCUUACACACUGCUCACAUCCCUCAUUCACUAAUGAGCGGCCCCGCUCCGGUGGGCAUUUGUCUUUGUGGCCCCUGCCCUGUCUCAUCUGGGAGGAGAAGGAUUGCAUGAUGGCUUGUCUGCACCAUCCAAAGCUCCAACAUUUCCGUGGCAAAACCUCCUUUGGAAAAAUGAAUGCCUUUCCUCAUGUUAAAUGAAUUCACCCUAGGAAAUGCACUACCUUGGCUUGUUUCUGUGCUACUUUGCCUCUGUGAAAAGGAGUUUUGCAACCUCCUAAAUGGUGUGUAUUCUAAGGCCUUUCCAGAAGGAAGAGUUUGUGGUUGUUGUUGUUGUUGUUUAAUUAUGCCCUCGGUGCUGCCUGGGAACCCUUCCCUUCUGAAAGGCUGGCUCCUGCCCAGCUACCCCCAGGCUCUUGACCUGAGAUGCUGACAAACCCCUCCAUGAAGGGCAGAGGAGGGCCGUGGCUUCCUUCCCUUGACUGAAAUUGUAUCAUUAUUUAAAAUCCCCGCUGGAGCCCUGGGCCUUCCGUUCUCUUCCUUCUCUGACCUCCUGGCAUCUUCUGAGCUUCACCGGGCCAGUGCUCGUCCUUCCACCCCAAAGUGUGACUGGCCGUCUGUGGCGUGGCCAUCGUCACACACGUCACCUUUACUUACAAGGGCUCCACAUGGCCAUUUCCUUUUAACUGAGAGCUCAAAACUCCGGGCCAAACUUGCCAUCUUCCUGAGACCAGGUGGGUGUUAUGUUUUCUGAAGAUAUGCCUCCUGAAAAGUGUCAGCCUGACAUAUCCUUGGCCCCUUUCUUUAAAGCCCAGGCCCCACGUAUGUAAACUAUUUCAGGGUCACUGGAAACCAGUCAAAUGCUUUGUUGAAGCUUACGUGUGCUAGCACUGUGCCUUACCCACUGGGUCUGCUGAUGCCCACCUGCCAUACCUGUGAAGAGCCCAGCUCAUACGGGACCGGUCUCUAACGCUGCAGUCUUGUUGCAUGGGAGGGGAACGUCUCAAGGAAGAGAAGAGGGGAAAAGCUUAAGUCCAUGCGAUGUAACCUUGGUCAAGAUUAGCAGACUGGUUUGUGUGGAUCUGCAGUGCUUAACGGGAAAUAAUUUAUUUGUUGUAGAUACUUUUUAGGUAGCAUUUUAUUCAUUUCCUACACUUUUUUAAAAUAAACAAAUGUACAGAAAAAAAUGGGUUGUUUGCAUGCUUUGUCCCCUGGUUCAGCUGAGGCCCAAAUUUCCCACUUGUUUACUGUGACAGACUCAAUAUGGGCUCAGCAGAUGCUGUCUUCUCUGUGCUACGGUCCAGAAAGCCGACUUUGGGCUGCCCGAGGGUAACUCAGCGGCCAGAGCUUGUCCUGUUCUGUUGCCGUUAGGCAACAUGAGCCCCUCUGUGUGACCCACUCCCGAUACCUGACCUGCAUAGAGGCCCGGGGCCACCCUCGUCACCAGUGUGGGUCACCAGCCGCCAGAUCAGAAGCAAAGGGAGGGUGGUGGGAGAGGGGAGCUCCAGAGGGGCCCCCACCUUCCGCCAUGCACUUGGAGAGGAGACCCAAGGGCACUGAGGAGACCGGAUGUUGCUGCCUAAAAAACCACCCCAAACCUAGUGACUUAACAAUCAUUUAUUCUGGUCACAAUAUCUAAUGUGAGCAGGGCUAGGCAGCGAUGGCUUAUCUCUGCUUCGUGUGGCAGCUCAACUAGAAUCCACUUGCAAGAUGGUGGUAUCACACAGCCGGUCAGGUAGUGCUGGCUGCAGCUGGGAGCUUUGAUUCCUUGUCACCCUGAACUGUCUACAGGGCUUUGGGAGCUUCUUCCCAACAUGGUGGUUGGGUUCCAAGAGUGAGUAUUCCCAGAGUCAGGAAGGCGGAGCUGCCAGUCUCGCCAGGCCUGAGCCUGGAAGCUGGCAGUGUUUAUGGCUGUGUCAGUCACAGAGCCUGCCCAGACAUUAAGGGGAAGGAGCAAAGCCCUCACGUCUCAGUGGGAGGGGCAAAGAAUUGGCAGUCAUCUUUAAUAUGCUGUCGUGGGGCUGGGGACAUCAGCCCCGUGGCUGUGCCCUUGGACAGCAGUGACUGUGUCCACAUCUGGGCCGUAUCCCACCUCUGACUGCCCCUCUCCUGAAUCCUGUUCUUGGACCUCAAGCUUCAGUCUUAGGGCUUCUGGCCUUUUCUCUCUGCACAUUGCCCCAUGGGGUUCCAAUGGUGUCUUCUCUUCUAUGAUGAUAGUGCCCCAAAUCCUAGCUGAUACCCACCUAGGCACCACAUUUUCACAGCCCGGUGCAUUGCUCCACCUAUGCCUCCCUGUGUUCCCCAACCUGAUUUCUCCAGAGGGAAAUUCAUUCUCUCCAAAUCUUCUGCCCCUUUCAUGUGGGUUCAUUUGCUGACUGCUCUAUAACUACUAGCUGUGUAUCCUUGAGUUGGAUCUUUUUCUCAAAUGCCUGCACAAGAUUAAAUCUUCUGAGAUCACUUCCAUCUCUAAAAUGCCUUGAUUCCUCCCGUCACCCAAGCCCACAGUGUUGGACCCGACUUUGGUUCAUCCCUGACUCACCCCCGAUGGCUUUCAUUGUCCUGUCCGGCCUCCCCCUUCUUUCCACCACUCAUUUUUCAUCAUGUGACUCCCUUGCUCUGAAACCUCUACCUCCAGAUUUGUCCCUCAGAACAAAGUCCUCGAUCUCCUACCGAGGUAUGGCUCACCCAGUUUACCCCUUACCUCGUUAGCUCUCCAACCUCUCCCUCCUCUCAUCCCAUGGCCUCAGAGCUUCAUCCCAAUGCCACUUAAAUCCUCAGGUGUAUCAGGGGCACAACUGCCCAUAUAUGAGCUCGUGCCCUGCUCCUGGACAACCUGCAAGCAAAAGCUGUACUCCCUCCCUCCCUCCUGAUGAAAAUCCUAGCAGCACUUCAGAGUCUACCACAAGCCCACUUCCUCCAGGAAGCCCUCCAGCCCCACGAAGCUCUCCUCUAAAUGCCAGAGUCUGUAUGAUGCCUAGAACUCUGCACUUAGGGACAAUAAUUUCAUUACUUAGAAGUCUGUACUUGCAGGUCUUUGCCUAACAAGAUGGUACUUUUCUCAGAGGUAGGAAUCUGUGUUUUACACGUAGUCUACCCGCCUCACAUUGCAUCACACAGCAGGUGCCCUAGAAAUAAUGUCUGUUACGUGCGCAUGUCAGAAUGGAGACACAUUCCCCAGUGACCUAAGGCAGGUGUCAUGCCAGCGAGAAGGAAUUAGAUGCCAGGCAAAUGCCCUGUGCUAGGAGCUUUGCAAACCUUAUCUCAGGUCAGCCUGUGAUGACCCCGGCAACUUUUCUUCUCCAUUUUACCAAUGAGAAAAACAGGAAGAUGGAGUCACUUGCCCAAGGACACAAACCUGCAAGAAGCGGGGUGGCAAUUGAACGGACUUUCCAGUGCACUGUUGCUCAGCUCAGCUCAGGAUGACCCAGUCCUGGGAUCCAAGGUCAGGUAAGGUCUGCCAGGCAUGGCCCAGCACCCCGUGGGGUCCUUGUCUCCCCCGUUUUUUCUUCCUCUGACUCGUGUAUCCAUCUCUCCUCAACAUCUCUUGCAACAUCUCAACUUGGCAUCUAACGGGCAACUCAAAACAUCCCUAACUGAUUUCUUGUUAUUUCCCCUGAAAAUCUGCUCUCCCCCAUUGAGGAGAAGGGUGGAGGAAACGGGUUUGCUCCCACUCACUUGGUGGCACCUGUAUCCU